CAGCAAAUAAAGCUAACCUAAGGUAUAUAUAUAUAGAUAUAUAUAAUUUCGUUAUACCGCAUAAACGUGGCUGCAGUGUGUACGUCUUGUAAGCAUGGACCCUGAAACUAAAAGCGCGCAAACAGCUACUGCCGGUGACCCUGCAAACACUAUAUUCGGCAAAAUAUUACGUGGUGAAAUUAAAAGUGACUUCAUCUACGAAGAUGACAAGUGUGUUGCAUUUCAUGACGUCAACAAGCAAGCUCCUGUCCAUAUUUUGAUCAUACCCAAGACACCCAUUUCCCAAAUAUCAACAGCAAGUGAUGAACAUAAAGAAAUUUUGGGCCAUCUUCUACUUGUUGCCAAGAAACUUGCUGAAACUGAAACUGAUGGAAAUGGUUUUCGUUUGGUAAUCAAUGAUGGUAAGAACGGAGGCCAAUCAGUUUAUUACAUCCAUGUUCACUUGCUCGCCAACCGCCAGAUGACCUGGCCACCAGGUUGACUAAAUUUCCAACUUCAUUCCAGGAUGUAAACUCCUGCAGUAUUUCAAGGUGCAUAAUAAUAAUAAUGUUGUAAAUGUCUCUUAAGACAGUGUCUCAUUUAAAGUUUUGCUGUAAUCUAUAAAGAAAUAAAGUAUCAUCCUGGUGCAUGAAAUAAUUCAAUUUA